AUGUCAUCAAUCAGCUUGUCUCAGCCACACCUGAAUGAUUCGAUACGAGGAGUUGAUCCAAGCUCCUGGCUGAUCGCAAAUACACUUCUUCUUACGCGUUCACCGUCGCCCCUCCCGGACAAGAUUCAAACUAACCAAACCUGCUGGAGCGACAGUGAUGGGGGUCACUUCGCCCUUUCCAUUGCACGCAACCCUCUUCCGGACUCAAAGCCUCUCGCGGAGGACUCAUCUUCUAUCACAAGGGUGCAUGCAGUCGACAACCAGGCGGCAGUUUGGAGGGCAGGUGAAGCCUUCAUCAAGGCGCAUCGUAUGGACUAUCCCGAUGUGACCAGAGAGCAUGUUACUCUGCAAUUUCUCAAGGACCAACAACCCCAGGGCUUUGAAUUCCCCAGUGCACUCUAUCAUUUUGAGACCGGCUCGCGAUACUACAUCAUCACCUCCAGGGUUCCCGGCCAGCUUCUUGACGAGGCUUGGCCUAGUCUAGACGAGACUCUGCGCCAGUAUUACAUCGGCAAGAUAGCUGAUAUAUGCAGUUGCUUAGCAUCCUGGAGGGGUGGUAUCAUUAGUGGAAUAGACGGACGCCAGCUGUCGGAGCGUUAUCUUGCUAAAUUCAACAGCAAGACGGCAGAUGCACUUUCUCCGCAGCAACUUAUGAAUAAUUGUACAGAGAUUUCUAUGGAUAUCUCUACACUGGUCUUCUAUCAUUGCGAUCUUGGGCCUACGAACAUUCUUGUCGAUGUCUCCACGGGCUCACUGGGUAUCAUCGAUUGGGAGAUUGCUGGUUAUGUACCCAUCGAAUGGAUCAGAACAAAAUUUCGACUUUCGGCAGGCAUGAAUCUGAGUCAGGGGGAUGAUGAUGAUUCAAGAAGGGACUGGCGGCGUAAAGUCGCCCAGCAUCUGGGAAAGUUGGGUUACAAUGAUGUUGUGGAGGCAUGGUGGAAGUUCCAGCAUGCCGAAAGACUGAAUUGA